CUCUCCAUUCCUGUGGCCACUGCUGCUGGCAGAAGAUGUCUUCAGAGCCAGGGUCAGAUGCCAGCACCGACAAGAGAGGCAUAAAGAAGCCGUGUUCAUUCAGCAUCGAGGACAUCCUCUCCAGCCCAGCAGAGAAGAGGCCCCAGGUCCUGGUCCCGCUGUGCCUCCGGAGCAUCUUGGACUGCACACCCAGGGGUCUGUGUGAGCUGGAGACCAUCCCGGCCAGCUCCCUGCAGGAGGAGGAGGAGGAAGAAGAAGAGGAAGAGCUGGAAGGAGCAGGCUGCAGCUGCUGCUGCUGUUCUCACACGAGCACCCGUUCCCUGCAGGACUCCCCAAGCUGGCUGGACACCCGGUUCCCCUGGCCCAUGCAGCUCUUCCACUCAGCAGCCAGGGUCUGUAAGAGUCCCCAGGGGAACCCAGCCGAGCUGCAGAGUUGCCACCAGAUCCAGCGCCGGACGCGCCGGCACCGCACCAUAUUCACCGAGGAGCAGCUGCAGGCUCUGGAGACGCUGUUCCAUCAGAACCAGUACCCGGACGUCAUCACCCGCGAGCACCUCGCAAACCGCAUUCACCUGAAGGAGGAGAGGGUAGAGGUGUGGUUUAAAAACCGUCGGGCCAAGUGGCGGCAUCAGAAGAGGGCGUCCGCCUCGGCACUGAUCCUUCAAGGCACCAGGAAGUCCCCCGAGGAGAGCUGUUAGCGGUCACAGGCUGCAUCUCAGCAGCUGCACGCCCAGCGCACCCAUUUCCCAUAGCUGACAGGUUCUGUAGGGGGUGACCCGAGGGGGGACUAAUGAGGCAAAAGGGAAUCUGUGAAUCCCAGAGGAUGAGGGCAGCUGAAAGCAGACACGGCACAUUCACAUCCAAGUUUCU